AUGGCCGCCAAUGGUACGCCUGGUAACGAGAAAAUCGUGGAGCAGACUACAACUUUGAGCUGCGGGUCCUUCGACGCUCUCCGCGUAUUUGGCCACGAGACCAUCGACGGACAAGUGGUGGCGCAAGCAGCAAUCGAUGAUGAAGGUGAUGGGGUUGGCACGGUCGCCGUCGCCGGAGAGCACGUCACUCGGAUCGAGUCCGACGAGCCCUACGACGAGGUCAGCUACGGCACAGUCGUAAAAGAAGAAGUGUCAGGCGGCGAGACCAUCUACUAUGUCGAAUUCGGCGACGCCCGUGGUGUCCGUCCGUGCAAGAUGGGCGAAGAUGGUUGCCGCAUUGUCACGAAGCCACCGUCUUGGGUGCCGAAGCCAACUAGACACCCGAACGCCGGUGCAUUAUUUAGUCACGCAGAUGCAGAGGCUUAUGACUUAAUGGUGUCCAUUGAGGCCGCUAGUCGCCCAGAUGCGUACUAG